CACACACACACACACACACACACACACACACACACACACGCACAUACGCAGCCAGAUAGAGACUGUCUGUCCAUCUCCUAUCUCUCAUCUUUCGUUCGCUUUCUCUUAAUCACACACUCUCACACUCAAGCUGAGUGCACGGAGAGUAGCAUCCAGCUCCUGCCCGAGCCGAUUUCAUUCCCCCUGAAGCAAACACAAGUUCAGCCCUGGAUUCAAUACUUUUAAUCAAUGGACAGAGCCUUCUCCCCAGCCAGCCGAGAUACAGACACACCAUAAGCGGCCCAUACCCUCUGGUGGGAGCGCCCCCUGGUGGUUGGCGGGGGAUGGAGCGAGGCAGCGAGAGCCCCCGGCGCCGGGACAGUCCUGAGAGGAGGGGUGGCAGCCCAGACCUCAGCGGGCCCCCGCCGGGCAAGAUGGGCCGACUGGAGCUCAAUGGAAGCCCCACGGGGCCACGCAUUCGCCACAACGGUGCCCCACUCAGGCCCCUGGGAGGCCUGAUGAUCCCCGUGUUCUGUGUGGUGGAGCAGGUGGAAGGGGGUGGAGUCGGGGGCCCAGUGACGGACGGGGAGGGGCGGGAGGAGCACGCGGAGUUUGUUUUGGUGCGCAAGGACAUCCUCUUCACCCAGCUGGUGGAGACGGCGCUGCUGGCCCUGGGGUAUUCCCACAGUUCUGCCGCUCAGGCACAGGGAAUCAUCAAAGUGGGCCGUUGGAACCCCCUGCCUAUCCAGUACCUGACAGAUGCCCCAGAGGCCACUGUGGCUGACAUGCUGCUGGACGUCUACCACAUGGUCACUCUCCGCAUACAGCUGCAGAGCUUUGCCAAGCUGGAGGACCUGCCGUCGGAGCAGUGGAACCACGCGACGGUGCGCAACGCCCUGAAGGAGCUGCUGAAGGAGAUGAACCAGAGCACACUGGCCAAGGAGUGCCCCCUCUCCCAGAGUAUGAUCUCCUCCAUUGUCAACAGCUCCUACUACGCCAACGUCUCCACUUCCAAGUGCCAGGAGUUCGGCCGUUGGUACAAGAAGUACAAGAAGAUAAAAGGGGAUUACCUGGAGAAGAUGUGGCCUGGACGGGAGAACUCUGAAAUCAAAGUGGAAAGGGACAGCCUGGCCGAUUACUGCGUCCUGGGACAGCGGCCUCCCCCUCACCUGGCGAGCCUGGCCCAGCUGGGCUCCCUGGGGAGCGGCGGCGCCCUGGUGAAGGGGGCGUCGGGGGAGCCCCAGAACCCGUCACAGCAGCAGCAGCAGUCCCAGCAGCAGCAGCAGCAGCCCCAGCAGCCGUCGCCCCACGGCCAGCUCCACCACAGCCCCCCGCUGCGCGCCCAGGUGCCCCCGCCGGCCGCCCUGCAGCCGCUGCUCGCCCCCGGCGGCCUGCUGUCCCCGCAGCUCAGCCCACAGCUGGUGCGGCAGCAGCUGGCCAUGGCCCACCUCAUCAACCAGCAGCUGGCCGUCAGCCGCCUGCUGGCCCACCAGCACCCGCAGGCCCUCAACCAGCAGUUCCUCAACCACCCGCCCAUCCCCCGCCCGGCCAAGGCCAGCGACCCCGGGGCCAACCCCUCCGCCGUGGAGGUCUCGCCCGACAUCUAUCAGCAGGUCCGCGACGAGCUCAAGAGGGCCAGCGUGUCGCAGGCCGUCUUCGCCCGGGUGGCCUUCAAUCGCACACAGGGCUUGCUCUCUGAGAUCUUGCGGAAGGAGGAGGACCCCCGCUCAGCCUCCCAGUCCCUGCUGGUCAACCUCAAGGCCAUGCAGAACUUCCUCAACCUCCCUGAGGCCGAGCGUGACCGAAUUUACCAGGAGGAGCGCGAGCGGAGCAUGAACCCCCCUGUGGGCCUGCCCCCCACCACCACCUCUAACCCCGGGGGCCCCCGCCUCACACAGAUGGUGUGGGAGAGAAACCUCGAUGAAAAGUUAACCCCUGAAGCAUGGGCGUCUAUUCGGAAAAAUAAGCCCAAAAUCUCAAACUCGCCGAAGCCCCCUGGCCCUGCCCCUGAGCUGCCCCUUAAAUUGGAGUCCCUGGUCAACAUCACCUCAGCCAUCUAUGACGAGAUCCAGCAGGAGAUGAAGAGGGCCAAGGUUUCCCAGGCUCUCUUCGCGAAGGUGGCUGCCAACAAGAGUCAGGGCUGGCUGUGUGAGCUGCUGCGCUGGAAGGAGAGCCCGAGCCCCGAGAACCGCACGCUGUGGGAGAACCUGUGCACCAUCCGCCGCUUCCUCACCCUGCCGCAGGCCGACCGCGACCUGGUGUACGAGGAGGAGUCCCGGCACCACCACAGCGAGAGGCUGCACACCGUGCUGCACCUGCCCACUGACCCGCAGCAGGCACUGCACAGACAGCCCCCCCAGCCCCUGAAGGACCACUCUCCUAUGCGUGAGGACCCCUUGCCCGUCUCCAUGCCUGGCCCGGGCAGUGAAGAGAGCCAGCAGGCAGGGGGCAGCUCAGCCAAGAGGCCCCGCUCGCGCACCAAGAUCUCCCUGGAGGCGCUGGGCAUUCUGCAGAGCUUUAUCCAGGACGUGGGCCUGUACCCAGACCAGGAGGCCAUCCACACGCUGUCGGCCCAGCUGGACCUGCCCAAGCACACCAUCGUCAAGUUCUUCCAGAACCAGCGCUACCACGUCAAGCACCACGGCCGGCUGCGGGAGCCGGGCGAGGGAGAGGGCGGAGGCGUGGACGUGGCCGAGUACCGUGACGAGGAGCUGCUCUCGGGCUCCGAGGACGCCGAGUCCGGCGAGGAUGGCCACGAGGAGAUCUACGGGGCGGAGUCGGGCGCGGGCAGUGCUGCCGCCGCCGCCGCCGCCACCGGGCCCCAAGAGGAGGGAAAGGACAAGGGCCACCUGCUGACCCCGGCUGCCCGCCCCAGCUCCUUGCCCCCCUCCAACACCUCCCCCGGCCCCCGGGAUGGCAGCGAGCACCAGAGAUAA